CUGGCAGCAGUGCACACCACGAGACAUCGCGACACGCCGCCCGCACCACCAUGUCGUCAGGUUUUGGGCUCGCCGGAGGUCCCUCCCGUUGCUUUCCCUUCUGGCAAGAGGUUCUGGCGUGUUAUGUCGUGAACACAAACGCCGAGGACGACUCGGGCAAGAGGAAGUGCCAGCCUGUCCUGGAAGACUACUACGAAUGCCUCCACCACCGCAAAGAGGCAGUGAAGAUUGCUGCGCUGCAAGCCGCAUACCGCAAGCGUGAAGCCUCGACGGCGCGAGACGAUGCCCCCAGCGCCGGUCAGAUACGAAGUCUUGGAUUAUUGGACGCCAGCAGGGAAGAGAGGAAUGUGAAAGCGGCUUCAUUACUACCGGGUGCGGAGAGCAAUUUGCCCGUGGGAGCGAAGUAAAAGACGCAGAAGCGGAGGUACGCGAGAGACAGAAAGACGACGUACAUAACGCGAAUCGGUCAAUAUGAGCACAGCCAUGGAACUUGUAUUCUGAGGGCAAGCAGAAUGAUGCUUUGCAAGGAGCUGUUUUGUGCCUGGUGCACUACUGCUCGCAUUCUAUCAUGCUUUCACCUCUUCUAGAGUGCCUUCUUCUGUGAAACGGAAUGCUGCCCAGGACCAUUGACGAUUGCCGUCCCUCUCCUCUACUAUCUCCAACACAUGUAUGGGCUCCUGCCGAACUUGUCUCUCCGUUGUGCCCUGGGUCACAGUUCUGGAGGGCAAUUGAUGCAGAUAGAAGUGCACAUCCACCAGAUAGCCCAGGCCAUAUCCCACAGCCGGCUUGAUCCUGCACGAUUUGAAUCUGCUGAGAGUUUCGUCUUCGGAAACUAGCUUGAAGCCAGCUUCUCCCAGCACGAUUGUGCACAGGUUGUAUUGCUGCGUGACCUCUGUUAUCGA